UCCAACACUCUUGUGACUGUCGUAUACCCUCUUCGCUUCCGCACAUUUCUUUUGGCGUCCAAUGGUUGUUUGUAUUCCUCAGUAUUCUUCCCAGACUUGUCACCGUUGAGCUCAACGGCGUUCGGACCCACUCUAUUUGAGUCCUCGGAGCCUUGUUGUAUGGUGGACAAAGAAAAGUGGAGGCGACUAUCCUUUAGCUCGAACUCGCAUACAAUGCAGCUUUGAUCAACAGGGCUUAGAUGCAAUGCGCACCAGAAUUCUGAGUUCACUCCAGGACUUGUUUCCAGUUCGGUAAGGAAAACGUCUGGGCCAUUUGUUAUUAGGUCCUGGUUUCGAUCUUUGACGCAAUCAAUGCGGUCUAUAAAGUCCCGGGCCUGGUCUUCCGUGAAGAUGUCCAAGAAACUGUGCAAGGCGAAAAGUUCUGUCGGGGAUUUGCCAAUCAUCAAUUUCGAAUUUUCGCUCGCAGCAGAAACCGGGACCACACCGGGAACGCCUGUAUCUUCGAGGGCAAUGAAGAGACCGAAUCCUUGGAUGGAGCCAGGAAUUUCGAGUGGAACGCACAUCCUGGGUGGAAAACAAAUCGCCCUCAUCCGAUCGUUCGGUACGCUCCGUACUUCUAGUAACCGUUGGCGGUGAGGAUGGUGAAUGACAGGCUGGAACGCAUGCCGGAUUCAAGCGGAAUGAAGGUAGCGCGGCUUCGAAGGGUGUGUAUUCGUUGUCGGUUGGGGAUUGGUGCUGGACAUAUUCACUGUGUGCCUGGUCGGCAGCUGUGAAAAUUGUACCUUUGGAUAUGACGCUGCGAAUGGGGAAUAUGCGAUUCACAAUAGAUGGGCUUUGUUGCACCUCUCCGGGUGAAAAACUGAUUAGCGCAUCAUUGACUGGCGAUGCCGGCGACAAAUCUUGUGGGCUGAAUCCGCCCAUUGUAUGGCAAGAAGAGCUACUAAAAUUCAGGUGUACGGGACUCACAAUGGGAUCAGAGAUGGUUCGACAUUUGAACUCGCUCCGCUGCAAGUUGCAGAACAAUGCAGGUGCCCGCCUAAUUGAUUAUCGUAUGAUUUUUGAUUUAUUGGCGGAAAUCGAGAUCAAUAACCUGAAAGAUCCAAAGUAGUACGUUGGUGGGUACCGCUACGUAGUGAACAUUCGCCACGCAUGGUACAUCCAUGGUAAAAUACGUGUAACGUCCAAGCCCGGUGAUAUUCUCGGCAGAGUCAUGACACCUUGUGUUUAUCUUUCAAUCCGUCUCCUGACAACCAAAAGAAACCUUCGUUGUUCCAAUGCCGAAGCUAAAACGUACUGUAGUUUCGAUCCUUCCCAACGAUUCCAUUAGGCAGAUACUGCGUUGGUCAUGGUGUUGAUUUCGUGGAUCACGGCCUGCCCACGGCUAAGUUUACCGAGUCAAUCAAUAUCAAGCCUAACAUCGGCGCGUUUGCUCUCCCGCUUUUGCAAAGCCGAAGACAAGUGGGCCAUCACGGAAGUUCAAUCCCGCCUAUAUCCAACCCAUACCACUACUCUUCCGAAUUGUUGCUCGAAUACAAGAUAGGAAACCUAAAGCUCACACAGUAUCAAGAUCCGUCGAAGUUUGAUAAGCAGAAUAAAGAACCACCGAAGUUUUUGGAUAUCGCACAAACUCGGAAGCGUCCGAGUCUUAAUGCCCCGGAGCUGGAAGAAGCCACAUCGGAAAGAGGCAAGGUUGAAAGAUAUCCCAUAUCAGCCCU